UGCACAAAAUCAUGUUUGACGGAGAACGAAGAGGUUUUCUUCCCCAACCAAAGUGGUUGGUUAAGGGAUUUCGUGAAGCAGUCUGAGCAGUGGUCUCCACAAUGUUCAUUUUGAUGGACAUGGGAGCGCAGAAGGGGCAUAAGCUCGAUUGGAUUUUAGCUAAUGAGCGGUGGCUUGAUCUGUUUGAUGACAAUAGUGUUAUUUCUCAUGCUAUUUUUGAAAAUCAAAUUUUCGGAACAACAAGGAUGGUGGAAAGUUUUCAAGUUCGAUAAUGUGUAGGCCCAAGAAGAGGAGAUCGGCCGAAUUCAAUCCCAGAAAAAGAAAAACUGCCUCAUGGAGAAAAUCUGAGGAAGAUGGCAAGGGAAUUGAAAUUUGAAGGGGUUGUUUUUUCAGAUGCAAAACAAUCUAAACUAACAGAGGUGUCCAGGGGUGGCUACAAUGAUCAUAAUACUGUUCAAGCAGUGGUUGAACCAAAUCAGAAGCUUUCGAAUCCACCAAAACACUAUAUUCAUGUCAGAGCGAGAGGGGGGCAAGCUACUGAUGGUCAUAGUCUUGCAGAAAGAGUAGUUAAUAAAUUAUGGAAAACAAGAGUUUCAGCUAAUUCAAUUCCACCGUCUAAAAAGAUAAGUUUAAAAUCAUUUUUUCUCUUCUUUAGAUUCUUUCAGGUAAUGUUACUUUCAGGUAAGUUUACUUGAGAAAUAUUCUUGGAUUUUCAGGUGGCUGUUGCUUUACAAAAGGCUGCCCUUUCGGAUGAGUAUUUUGUUAAGAGAAAGCUGUAUCCAAAUGUGGACUUCUAUUCUGGGUUAAUAUAUAGGGCUAUGGGAUUCCCUCCAGAGUUCUUCACUGUUCCUUUUGCAAUUCCAUGAAUGGCAGAGUAUUUAUCUCACUGGCAUGAUUCCUUGGAUGAUCCCGAUACAAAGAUAAUGUGACUUGCCCAGGUGAUGAAGAUUAUCCUUGAUGAUGAGAGUUGCGUUAGAUCAUGUAGUUUAGUAUUUAUAAUCACCUAGUCAUUGUUUAUUUCAAUUUGAGAACAUGUAGACAUUUAAUUUGCAUUUCAAAAUUUAAAUCAUUAAAUACUUGGAUUAUUGUUGGAUGGUGGUUUUGCCUGUGCAUUCGGUUAAGUGAGAACCGAAUGUGGCAGUAACACCCAUUGAAUGUUUGACUUCCGCUGUAAUUUAAACUCUUUUGAAUUAAAUGUAUUGGGAAGUUCUUUCUACACUUGCUAUAAUUAACAUAUAUUUCGGGUAUAAAUUUGGGGGUGUUACAAAUUGCUAUCAGAGCCUUUGUUUUUCAAAAUCUUUUGAUAGGUUUUCUAAACAUUUUUCAAUUGACUUAAUUAAUUUAUUAAUUAGGUUUAAAGAACCUGAUUAGUAAUAAAGUUUAAGGCUUAGGUUCGCGGUGAGAUUGUGGGAUGCCUGAUUUAUUAUGGUUUAUUUUGAUUAAUUUUGAUGACCUGAGAAGUAUGUGAAAAGAUCUAAAGAAAAUAGAGGAAUAGAUCGAAAGAAAAGAAAAGAGAGCGGGAGAGAGGGGGGGGGGGGGGGGGGAGAGGACCGGAGUCAAUACGUCGAAAGCUGCCGUACUGAUAAGUCCGUAUUUAGACACGCAUUUGAUGCGUGUUCGGGUCGGAUUAUGAUGAUUUUCCUGGCUUUAAGGCGUUGCAAGUCUCAACUCGGAUCGAGUUUCAUAGCAUUUGGAGUUGAUUUGAAGAAGUUAGAGUCUGGCAAUCGGCGCUUGAGAGGCAUUCGGGAAGCAUUUGAAGGCAUUCGAGAGAGAUUUGGAAGAUUUGGAGGCCACCGGGAGAGUCACGACGAAAUUCUGGUGAAGAAAGAGCAUUUGGAUCGACCUCGUAGGCAUUCGGGAGCAUUCGGAACGAGAAACGAAGAAAAACGAUGAAGAAAUGGUCAGGCACGGCCGUGCCUAGGGCAGGCACGAUCGUGUCUGCCAUAUGAAUUGACGCGGAGCUACUGGCAGCCAGACACGAUCGUGUCCGGUGCAGGCACGAUCGUGUCUGCAAUAUUUUUGCGCGUCUCUUCCGCAGACACGGUCGCAGGCACGAUCGUGCCUAGCACCGUGUCUGGCCCCGUUUUGUCCUAAAUCAGCUCAAAUUCUCCGUUUUUCUAUAAAUAAGGCCUUCAUACCCACUUUUGGGGUUACGAACUUUGGAGAGAGGCCUAGGGACGAGUUUACCUGCGUUUUUUACGUUGUUUAAUCCAAGAACCUGAGAUUCUUUGUAAGUUCAAUUCUUUAAUUAAUGACAAUUAUUUCUAUUCAUCCCAAUUCUUUUGAUUCGUCAAUUAUGAGGCGUGAGUAGUUUAAUUAGGGAUUUGGGGUUGAUGAAGGGGUUAAUCAUGAUUGAUAGCUAGAUUCUUGUCGGUUUAAUUGUAUGAAUGCCGUUUAAUUUGUGUUUGAAUAAUUUAACUGAUAUCUCUUGUAACCUAGAUUGCCACUAGAAUUACAAUUGCUUAUAGAAUAAAUUAAGAGAGAUCUAAUUUGUUCUAGGACACAUUCACACACACUUAAUCGUUCGCUAAGAGAUUAGUAGCGAUUAAGGGGCCGUAAGCUCGUUCGUUUUGGCAAUAAUUUAGGAUCUUGUCGCAUGAGAGAUCAGCCUGGACCCCUAAAUUAUUGUACUCUACGCCGCGAGAGCGGUAAGAACUUAGUAAUGACUAGCUAGGCUUAAUUAAAUUAAAUUCAUGUGAUUAGGCCUGUUCUGCCAGAAAUCUGGUUAACCCCGGAUCAAUUCCUAUUCCCUUCGUUGUUAAUUAAGGAAAACCAAAUCUUUUUAUUCGCUCAUUAGCAUUAGUUUUAGUUUAAUCAAUCAACCAAUCUCGCACAAUUGCACUUUUAUUUUAUUUAUUUCUUUUUAAUCGUUGAAUUUAGUUAAACCUUAUUUCCCUUUUGUCCGUCCCUGUGAAGACGAUACUCGUACUUUCAACCACUUUUCUACAACCAUUUUAAGUGCGAGAAAACUCACAUCACAUACCGACCAGUCAUGUGGCUGAACCACUUGCCAGAGAAGAAAACCCGACCAAUUCGUUGUGUCGGGCUGCUGGUAAAGCCACCGUCAUUCGGACCGUGGACGGCGCUGGAAGAGUAGACCACAGGGAUUGCCACUGAUUGGAAGCCCGACUGCUAAGCCGCUGCACUCUCCCCUGUUUGCUGAGUAGCAUCGUCCGAAGGAGGAAGAAGAGUUAAGGCUAGAGUCCUGCUAUCUGCACCUUUGCAUAGGGUGGACUUCGAAUAAGGAAGACUUGGUUCGUGCUUCCAUUCUUAUUUGACUUAUGAAAAUGCUCAUGGAUAUUUGAACAAUGUUUUCUAUUAAACUAUUGAAGGGCCUGCGUGCUCAUGUAUGCCACGUGUGGCUAAUUACUAAACAUAUUUUAUUUCCGCAUUUGUUUGAGUAAUAUAUUGAUGUUGAUUGUAUGAGUUUACUAAUCGGUUUGGCAAUAGAAUCUAUCGGACGCCUUGUACGAUUUGAUAA